ACUCGAAACAGUUGAAGCUCUAUCGAAAGAGAUACUUUUAUGCUCAGCUGCACUACGUGGCUACACGCGCCGGCUCUGCGUCUUGGCAUUCCCACUCCUUCAGCGGCGUCAAAGCCGGGCAGCUGGUCCUCCACCAUGGCCACGCCGUCCUCUGCUCGAAUCGCCAUCGUCGGCGACGUCCAUGAUGAUUGGAGUCUGGAAGAAGAUACAAAAGCACUUCAAUUCCUCGAGCCGGAUUUGGUGCUUUUCACAGGUGAUUUUGGCAAUGAGAAUGUUGAUCUUGUAAGAAGUAUUGCAGAGGUUGACAUUGCGAAAGCAGUUAUUUUGGGGAAUCACGACGCAUGGGGUACUCAAAAGUUUUCUGCAAGGGAGAAGGAUCCUGUCCAACUUCAACUAGAAUGUCUAGGUGAUGAGCAUGUUGGCUACAGACGCAUUGAUUUUCCAUCAGUGAAACUGAGUAUUGUCGGUGGACGACCAUUCUCUUGUGGUGGUAGCUCUCUCUUCAGGAAAAAGCUACUGGUUGCUAGAUAUGCGGUUCACGACAUGGGUGAAAGUGCCAAGAGGAUCUAUCAAUCUGCUUUAGGGACUCCUGAAGAUCAUUCAAUCAUCUUACUGGCUCAUAAUGGACCUACUGGCCUUGGGUCUAACAUGAAUGAUAUCUGUGGAAGAGAUUGGUUCUUUGGAGGUGGUGACCAUGGUGAUCCAGAUUUAGCAGAAGCAAUAUCCCAUUUAAAAGAGACCACCAAAUUAUCUAUCCCUUUGGUGGUAUUUGGUCACAUGCAUAAACAGCUGGCACAUGGAGCUGGUCUUCGGAAAAUGAUUGUUUUUGGAGAGGAUAACACUGUAUAUUUGAAUGGGGCCAUUGUCCCUAGGGUAAAAAGAUUGGGAAAUGAACAGGAAAGCCAUAAGAGGAGCUCCACGUUUAAUGAGACACCAGGUACAGCGUCAGAAUCAGGAGGCACAGCGCGGGCCUUCACUAUAGCAGAGAUCUUGGACGGACGAGUGGAGAAAGUUACGGAAACUUGGGUUUCAGUGGUGGGAGAAAAUAUAUCCUUAGAAGAAGAACACAUAAUGUUCCGUAGGACAACUGCAGGUAACAGGCGGGCAUUGUAAGUAAUGCGGUCUGUCAUGACAACAAAUAUCACAUUCCUGUGAGGACAAACUUGUGGUCAUGUACAUAAAGGACAUAAGCUUGGUCAGUCCGUAAUUUCAUAUUCCCUUUCUUUCUUUGGUUAAAAAUUGUGUACUUCUCCUUGAAUUUCAGAUUCACAUGAGCUGUGACUGUGUUCAUACAUUUGACUUGAAUCAUGUUGCCUACCAGCCUCCUUUGCUCCUUC